AUGAUGUCUACCCUUGUAGUUGGUCUUCCAUCGUCUUCUUCUAAGAGUACUACUUUUGCUGGCUUGUAUGGAAAAUUGAAUGUGUUACUAUGUACAAACGUAUUUGCAUGGCAACAUAUCACAGUCAAUGAGAACGUUACGAGAAUACUUAGAAAAUCCGCAUCACAUUUAGUUAUUGAACCAUCUUUCUUAUUAAUUAAUGAAGAUUGGGAAGUUGGAAAAGAACUUCCAAUAGCUAUCUGUCCACAGAAGGCUCGAAUCCUGUCAGGAAAUGUUGGAAACGUUUUUUCAAUUCGCAAAUUAAAUGAAACUUGUUCAACACUUGUUCUCAACAUUCAAUUGGAUGCAGAUAAGGAAUUCAAUGGAGGUUAUGGACAGUCAUUUGCGCUGGUUUUGUCAGGUCCAAGAAAUGCUCGAGCAACUCUCGAUAUUGAAGUUGUUGAUGUGAACGAUAAUGCUCCUGAAUUCAUAAAUACUCCAUCAACCUUAAGUAUAUCAGAGGAUUUGAAGGAGGAUUCGGUGAUAACUAAGAUUCGUACAAGAGAUGUUGACACAGGUGUUGGCGGAUUAGCCAGAUAUUCAUUGGAUGAUGAUGACCAAUUCUAUUUGGAUAAAAAGAAAUGUUCAAAUGGGGAGUGUUGGACAACGUUGAAAUUGAAAAAGCCAUUGGAUUACGAAAAACAAUCCGUUCAUAAUUUGAUUAUCACAGCUGAAGAUGGCGAUCCUCAUGUUCAAAAUACAAAUAAGGCUACUCAUCAACUGGCUAUACAUGUUCUCGAUGUACAAGAUUCACCACCUGUUUGGAAAACAGAUUUUUCAAAACCAAUCAUAAUUGAAGAAACAAUGAAAAUUGGAGAUGAAAUUUAUAAAAUUCAAGCAGUAGACGGCGACGAGAAGAAUCCAAACGAGAUAAGAUAUUCUGUCGAACCAAAUGAUUAUGUAACCAUCCAUGAAACAACUGGAUCGAUCAAACUCAAGAAAAUUCCAUCUCCCAACACCGAUAUUCGAUUAUACGUUACCGCAAAAGAGAAUGAUUCGAAUGCUAUGUCAAUCAAAGCUGAUAUCAUAUUGGAAACUUCAUUUUCAAAGAAAGAAACUAAUCAAAUAAAGUUUUGCGCUUCCGAUCUGACAACAACUCAAGUGAAAGAAGGCUCCGAACAGUUUGAACAAGCUUUAGUAGUGAAGUUCAAUCAACCAGUCACUCCCGGUAUCUUGAUCAUAGAUGGACAUUCGAAUAUUUUCAAAAUUGGCGAUAAUCAGAAUGAUCCACAAACGAUAGAAGUUCUCAUAGCUAACCCAAAGCUGAUUGACUAUGAAAAAGAAAAAAGUUUAAUCUUCUAUGUGAAAUCUCCAUUUGGAAGAUGCAAAGUACAGGUUGAUGUGUUGGAUGAGAACGACAACAGUCCUCGCUUCACUGAUGACACCUUCCUAUUCUAUGUGACUGAAAACCAAAAUUCAACAGUUUUAGGACAAAUUGAGGCCAAAGAUGCAGAUUCCGAUAAGUAUCUGCCUAUAACCUAUUCCAUAUUAGGCAAUCAUUCUCAUUUAUUUGCAAUUAAUGAAAAUGGCCAAUUACGAUCAUUAAUGUCAAUCGAUCGAGAACUGAAUGACAAAUUUGAUUUAACUGUUAGAGCAACAGAUGCUGGAGGGAGAUCGACAGACUGCCCAGUGAAGAUUGUUGUUCGAGAUGUCAAUGACAAUCCUCCUAUGUUCGAUAAAGACUCUUAUAGAAUUGAAGUUGAAGAAGAGAAAAGUCUUAAAGUCCGAAUUACAGCAUCUGAUGCUGAUUUGGGACAGAAUGCUGAAAUCGUAUAUUCUAUCUCCAAGGUUCCGGAAGCCAUUCCUAUUGAUUUCUCUGCUGGAAUUUUGUUUGUUGGCAAGAUCGACAGAGAUACGAUGGAUUCAGAUGAGAUCAAUGUGCUCCUAACAGCCACAGACAAAGGAGAACCACCUCUCUCAUCAAGUGUCAACCUGACCAUUUUUGUUAUUGACAUCAACGACAACUAUCCAGUGUUCACAAAUUCUCGUUACUCCAUUGUUUUGGAUGCUAACAUUAGCCCGGGUGGAGUAAUAGGGGGCGUUAAAGCUGAAGACGGUGAUGCUACGUCACCGAAUAAUUAUAUCAGUUAUAAAACGUCUGAUUCAAAUUUCAAAAUAACAGAUAAUGGAGAGAUUCUUUAUAGUGGAAAUGGCCUUUUACGGAAAGAUUCCUCUUUGGAAUUUAUGAUCACUGCUGUUGACGGUGGUUCUCCGUCAAAGAAUGCAACUAGCAAAGUCAUCAUCAACGAACACAAAGCAGCUAUGCAAAGCGAACUCAUUGCCGAACUAAUGGGAAAUGAAACUUUAAAUAGUACGGAAAUAAAAUGGGCUAACUCUCGAAUGGCUGGUUAUACAUAUGAGAUCAUUCGCGCAACAGCUGAUGGGUUUAAGGAUCAAGAAGUACGUAAAUGGCUGGAAAUUGAUGAGAAAUCAGGUAUUAUCCACACCGUGACGUCUCUCACACCUGAUGUUGUUAAACAAAUCCGUUUGUACAUCAGUAUGAGAAAGGGGAAGCGUGAAGUUCCAGUGGAACUGAUCAUCAAUGUUGUCGACAAUGAUGCACCACCCUCAUUCAGAAAAGAUGUUUAUCGCGGGUCUGUUGCUGAGAAUACGUCACCAGGAACGCGAGUGCUAAAAGUGAAAGCUCAUGGAGACAGUGACAAUCAAUACCAAUACUCCCUGACCAUACAAUACGGUCCCAGAGAUGUUCUGUCCAUCGAUAACUAUGGCUGGAUUUUCCUCAAAAAAUCUUUGGAUUUUGAAAGCUUUGAGAGAAUUCUUGGCAUCGUUACGGCUGUAGAUGAACUUGGAAACUCCGCUAGUACUAACUUUUCACUGCAAAUAACAGACAUUAACGAUAACAGACCAAUCUUCAAAAACGGGUCUGUUUUCACUGUUCAUCUGCCUGAAUCUACUGAAGUGGGUACAAUUAUACCUUUGCCCUACCCAUUGGCUACCGAUGCGGAUAGCGGCAUAAAUGGAGAGCUGAAAUAUUCCUUAUUAGGUGGAGAUGGCCAUUUCGAAAUUAAUGCAACAACUUCCGAAAUCAAACUCAUCUGGGAGUUAGACUAUGAGAACCAACGAGCUCAUUCCCUCACCCUUCGGUGUGUUGAUAAUCCUAAAAGUGAACAAUCCAAUGAAGUUUUCGCUUCCGUUACUGUAGUUGUCGAAGAUAUUAAUGACAACAAGCCACUCCUUCACAACUCUGAUCUGCAGCAUUUGACUGUCUCCGAAGAUGCUUUUCCAUCUACUAUUGUUACAGUGCUCUCCGUAACGGAUGCUGAUGAAGGAGGACGACAAAUUGUUCGUUUGGAUGCAAAUCAUACUCAUUUCAAGAUUGAUGAAGAGAACAGAUUGGUUGUAUCGAAUGAAUUGAAGGGAUUUGCUGGAGAGAGAAUUUGCUCGUCUCUUAUAGCCACUGACUCUGGUAAGCCAGCUCAGGUUGUGAAAUACCCUUAUUGCAUCACUGUGUAUCCAGCUACCAACAAUCAUCACAAUCCUCUUAUAGUGUUCCCAAAGCCAAACUCUAUUCAUUACUUCGAUGAGAACUUGGACUACGAUGAGUUACUUAGGAUGAAAUUGCUGGAUGAAGGAGAUCUUCACAACAUUUCAUACAGAAUUGACACAUCUUUCAAGAAGGAUUGGGAGCAUUUCACAAUCAACCAAACUGGGUCGCUAAAAUCGAAGGAAGUAUUUGAUUUUGAGAAGAAGAAUGUGUAUGAACUGAAAGUUCUUGCAUGCCGUGCAGCUAAUUGCUCAUCAGUUCAUAUAUUUAUUUCUGUCAAUGAUAGAAAUGACAAUUGUCCCAUAUUUCCGAAGCAGGAUGUUCGACUGAGUCUCGUUGAGAACGAUAAAUCACCACUACCACGUCAAGUUGGAAGAAUUCCAGCAGCCUUAGAUGCUGACUUCCACUCAGAUAAUACCAAAGUUUGCUAUACUACCGAGUCACCUCUGUUCUUCUUCGUCGAUCCGACUCUCCCCAUUCUGUACACGAAUGUCAGCUUCGAUCGCGAGCAACAUAAGCAACAUCAAAUUACAAUUGUCUCUUUCGAUUGUUUAUUAUCAUGCCGAGAUCCUCACAAGCCUAUGAACAGUACCAUCACUGGAAUCAUUGAAGUACUGGAUAAGAACGACAAUAUACCUCGUUUCUCGGAAAGAACAUAUGUUGCUACUGUUAUUCAGGGUCAAGUAAGUGCUGGGAGCCAUCUUACCAGCUUGUCAGCUACAGAUCUAGAUGUCGAGCCUGAUGGGCUUAGAUAUUCAAUACAAGGCCCAGUUAGAACUGGUACAGAAGCAUAUCUGCAUCAUGAAUCCCCAAUCACUGUCGAUCCUGCUACUGGAGAAGUAUCCGCAAAUGAUGUGUUGAAAGAGCCUCUCUACACUUUCACUGCUUCAGUCAUAGAUGGAGCUGGUCAUGAAGAUACAGCUAUCGUUACUAUUUACGUUGUCACUUAUGAGCAACAAGCUGAACUUCUUUUCGAUGCUCCAUUUGAUUUUAUUGUUCAUAAUGAAAAGGAUAUCAUAAAGUUAUUGUCAGAAGUGACAUCACUAACAGCAGUUGUUGACCGUUGUCGUCAGAACUCUAACUUCACUAUGGUCUUAGCUCAUUUCCUCAAGAAAGAUGGCUCCUUUGAGAAUGUGGACACGAUUAUCGAUGUUAUCACUAGCUCUAACUCUUCAUCCAAAAGAGAGCUGAGGAGUACAUAUGGUUUGAGAGAGACAACAUCCAGCACUCAAACUGUUCUAUUUUUGAAUCCAAGAACAGCUUCCAUCGGAGUCGCUGCUAUACUAUGUAUUUGUCUUCUUCUCGCUAUUUGUUGUUGGUGCAGAUCUCGUAAUGAUUACUCCAGCAAACUUCAUCAGAUUUCCGUUCAUGCUGCAGCUCAUCAUGCAUCAUUAGGAAGACCAAAUGCAAAGGGAGCUCCAGCAUAUUACUUAGAUGGGGUCAUUCCGAUCCUCUCUUCAAAUGGGAUGAGUGGGAGGUUAGUUCCUCCUCCACCGCCGCUGCAAUCAACAGAAUUAUAG